AUGGCGGCGUCUUCCGAUUCAAUCGUGAUUGUGGGCGCGGGCAUUAUUGGACUCGAUGUCGCCCUGGUCCUUGGCAAGCGCGGGUUAGGCCAAUGCAUCACCAUUGUUGCCGAACACCUCCCGGGUGAUACUUCGCCAUCCUACACCUCGCCGUGGGCCGGCUGUAACUUCUCCGGUAUAUCGGGGAGCGACGCCAACGCGCUGCGAUGGGACAAGCUGGGCUACGCUCACCUCACCACCCUCGCCGCUGACUAUCCCACCGAGUCGUUUGUGUCGUGGACGCAAUCCAUAGAGUACUGGGACGCCAACGCACCCCAGGACAAGAUCAAAUCCAUCUCGGGAUAUAUGAAGGACUUCACCAUCAUCCCCCAACAAGAACUACCCCCCGGCGUCGAAUACGGCGUGUCCUGCACAUCCGUCACCGUCAACGCGCCCAAACACCUCACAUACCUCUACGACCUGCUCAAAGACCACUACGGCGUCCGCUUCCUCCGCCAGAAGCUCCCCAGCAUCCAGGCGGCCUACGCCAGCCCCCGGACCCAAAUCCUCUUCAACUGCACCGGCAACGCGGCCAGGACGCUGCCCGGCGUACAAGACGCUAAGUGCUUCCCGACCCGGGGCCAGGUCGUUCUCGCACGAGCCCCCACGAUGCGCAAGAAUGUGAUGCGCCACGGCCGGGACUACGAGACGUACAUUAUCCCGCGGCCGCAGUCCAACGGCAACGUCAUCCUGGGCGGCUUCAUGCAAAAGGGCAACAACGACCCGUCUACAUAUGGCCACGAAACAGACUCGAUUUUAAGGCGCACAAAGGGUCUCUGUCCUCGGGAGCUGCGCGACGGACCGUGCGAGGUGCUGGCUGUGUUUGCGGGCGCCCGGCCCUCACGCGAGGGCGGAGCGAGGAUCGAGCGCGAGAGCAUCUCUGUCGGCGGAUCUGAACGCCUCUUGGUGCACAACUAUGGCGCUGGCGGCACUGGGUUCCAGGCUGGCUAUGGCAUGGCGCUUGAUGCUGUUGCCUGCGUCGACGACGUGCUGCGGGAGCUGGAGCAGCUGGUGAACCGGGCCAAAUUGUAA